AUGUUAUGGAUAGAAGCUGUAAGAAAAAAGGGGAAAAACAGUGUUGCAUUGGCCGGGAAUCGAACCCGGGCCUCCCGCGUGGCAGGCGAGAAUUCUACCACUGAACCACCAAUGCUCCAGCUGUGUGCUGCUGCCUGCACAUCUGCCUGCACAUCUGCCUGCGCCUCGCUGCCCAGCGGCUGCCGCAGGGGAGCCGGGGCUGAAAGGCCUGUUGGGCGACCCGGGACCUUGAAGCGGCUGUGCCUGAUAACUGGUAAAACAGUAACGAGCUGCAAGUUUCUGGGGAGGAGGAGCAGGCUGGUACGAGAGUUUGUGGCUCAGAACAACACAUCUCAAAUCAAACAUGUGAUCCAGAUCCUGUCGCAGGAGUUUGCGCUCUCCCAGCACCCCCACAGCCGGAAAGGGGGACUCAUUGGCCUGGCCGCUUGCUCCAUUGCCCUGGGCAAGGACUCUGGGCUCUACCUGAAGGAGCUGAUUGAGCCAGUGCUGACAUGUUUCAAUGAUGCCGAUAGUCGGUUGCGGUACUACGCUUGUGAGGCCCUCUAUAACAUUGUCAAGGUGGCCAGAGGUUCUGUCCUCCCACACUUCAACGUGCUCUUUGAUGGCCUCAGCAAGCUGGCUGCUGAUCCUGACCCAAAUGUCAAAAGUGGCUCUGAGCUCCUCGAUCGGCUUCUCAAGGACAUUGUGACAGAGAGCAACCAGUUUGAUUUGGUGGGCUUCAUCCCACUGCUGCGUGAGAGGAUUUACUCCAACAACCAGUAUGCCCGGCAGUUCAUCAUAUCCUGGAUCCUGGUCUUAGAGUCUGUGCCUGACAUCAACCUCUUGGAUUACCUGCCAGAAAUACUGGAUGGGCUCUUCCAGAUCCUGGGAGACAACAGCAAGGAGAUACGGAAGAUGUGCGAGGUGGCUCUCGGGGAGUUCCUCAAGGAGAUCAAAAAGAAUCCCUCCAGUGUCAAGUUUGCAGAGAUGGCCAAUAUCCUGGUGAUCCACUGCCAGGCGGCAGAUGACCUGAUCCAGCUGACAGCCAUGUGCUGGAUGAGGGAGUUCAUCCAGCUGGCUGGCCGGGUGAUGCUGCCUUACUCCUCAGGGAUCCUCACUGCUGUCCUGCCGUGUCUCUCCUAUGAUGAUCGCAAGAAGAACAUCAAGGAGGUGGCGAACGUGUGCAACCAGAGCCUGAUGAAGCUGGUCAUCCCAGAGGAUGAUGAAAUGGAUGAGGCCAAGCAGUCAGUGACCCUACUGGCAGAGCCCACCCCAGAGGAGUCUGUCUCUAAUCCAGAAGUAGCGUCCAGUGGCUCUCUGGAUGCAUCUGGUGACUCCAACUUCAGCAACAGCAGUGUCUUCACAGUAACCAGCUCCGAGAGGAUCCAGGUGACCCUGAACCUGGAUGGAAUAGUUCAGGUGCUAGACUGCCACCUCCAUGACACAUCCAUUGGGAUGAUGACCAGAAUUGCAGUCCUGAAAUGGCUCUACCACCUGUACAUCAAGACUCCUCGUAAGAUGUUCCGACACACUGACAGCCUCUUCCCCAUCUUGCUGCGAACCCUCUCAGAUGAGUCAGAUGAGGUUAUCCUGAAGGACCUGGAAGUGCUGGCUGAGAUCGCUUCUUCCCCAGCGGGGCAGACGGAGGGUCACGGUCCUUCUGAUGGCUCUGAUGCACGACCCAGCCCAGUGGAGCUUCAUGUCCCAGCCAGGGCCAGCCAGCUGAGCUCCUCCGGUAUGAAAGGCUUGGAGUGCUCGCCCUCCACACCCACCAUGAACUCCUACUUCUACAAGUUCAUGAUCAACCUGCUUAAGCGCUUCAGCAGCGAACGGAAACUCCUGGAGACCAGAGGAGCCUUCAUCAUCAGGCAGCUUUGUCUACUUCUGAACGCAGAAAACAUCUUCCACUCUAUGGCAGACAUACUACUUCGGGAAGAGGACCUCAAGUUCGCCUCUACCAUGGUCCACACUCUGAACACCAUCCUGCUAACAUCCUCUGAGCUCUUCCAGCUGAGGAACCAGCUGAAGGACCUGAAUACUCCGGAAAGCCGAAACCUCUUCUGCUGCCUGUACCGGUCCUGGUGUCACAACCCCGUGACAACCGUGUCCCUCUGCUUCCUCACACAGAACUACAAGCAUGCCUACGACCUCAUCCAGAAAUUCGGGGAUCUGGAGGUCACCGUGGAUUUCCUCACCGAGGUGGACAAGCUGGUGCAGCUCAUCGAGUGCCCCAUAUUCACAUAUCUCCGCCUGCAGCUGCUGGAUGUGAAGAACAACCCCUACUUGAUCAAGGCUCUCUAUGGCCUGCUGAUGCUGCUGCCCCAGAGCAGCGCCUUCCAGCUCCUCUCCCACCGCCUGCAGUGUGUGCCCAACCCCGAGCUCAUGCAGACCGCGGACAGCACCAAACCAAGCACUGGCUUCAAGAGGGCAUCAGCCUCCAACAUCGACUACACGGAGCUGCUGCAACACUUUGAGAAGGUCCAAAACAAGCACCUGGAAGCACGACACCAGCGAGCUGGGCGGGCAGAGCAGCUGGACCGGCGGGUGGUCCUCUGAGCAUCCCCGUGGCAGCUGUGGGUGUGCACGGUUGCUGGGGCAGGGACCAGGGGACGGGGACACCAGUUGCUGGCCACGGGAGGAUCUGGUGGGUUUAAUGGCAGAGGGAGACGGGCGAGCGAGUGGGGCUGGUUUUCCUCCCCGCUGUGCGUGUGGAUGGUGGGGGACCCCCAGGCUGUGCCCAGCUUCUCCCAUGGGUGAUGCGGGGACGUGGGGAAGGGCUGCAGGAGGAGAGGGCAAGGGGAAGGUACCUCGUCUUCUCUUGCAAUAGGGUGAGGAAACUCCCCUUUGCUUUGCUAAUGCCUUCCCCGUGACUGUCAGCUGAGCUACCAGCCUCCUGCCAGCAAGACCAGAGGGGAAGGGAAUAAGAGAGCAACCCCUGGCCUCCCGCCCUGGAAAACAAGCACGCGAGGCCAUCGGCCACCUCUCGCCACCCCAACUUCCACCCUCUGGCUCUGAGGCCCUGCUGGAAGCUGCCGGCAGCAUCUCACCUGGGGACUCACACUCCUGUGCGUGGCCCCCUCCCCACAUCCACGCACCUUCCCUGAGCCCCCAGCUCUUGGCACGGACAGCAGCACAGCCUUAACUCCCAGCCGGCACCGGGGAGCACGGGGGGUGGCAGAGACCCUCAUCACACCCAGCCCUGGACUUGAUUCUUUGUUCCUACAUUAAGCUCCCCAUGAUAAAAUAAACAAGCAAUGCAGAGCA